CUAAACGGGAACGCUUGGUAGCACUGUCGAAUAUGGUGGGAGUGCACCAAAGAGGGAACAAACUCAAAUUUUCCUGUAAAAUUUUGGGAAAUAGUUGUUGAAAUCGUCUCCGACAAGCGGGAAAAUCGUCACGGAAAGGUAAAGUGAAGUCUGUCGCGUCCGCCGAGCUAAUGGUUUUUGAGAAUCAGAACGCUUAGAGGUGCCACUUACCUCGAUGCCCGAUGGCGAACGCUAUGUACAAUGAUCUGCACAGAACGUUUCUGCAAGCCAUGAUGAGCAGGGCCAUUAUAUCCAAGACAACGGCCUGCGCACUAUUGGCUCAGACGUCUAAGUUGUGUGGUUACCAACUUCCUGGUGAUAAGGCUAAGGAUAAUGAGCUUAUUGAAAUAGUCGACGAAAUCAAUGCUAAGAUCUCUGACUUCGGUCAACAGUUACUGUUAAUAAAAGCGGAAUCAAAUUCUGAAGAAUUUUUGGUUUUUAUUAAUCUUAUUGAUGAUUCAGCUACAAUGGAAAAGAUUGAUCAUGUCUAUUCCGUGAAAGAGAGAGAGGUUUUCAGGCUGCUUCUAGAAAAUAUUGUGAGGAAUGAAAACUAUGGGACACUUUCUUCAAUGGAGGCGUUGAACUGUAUUCCUAAUAUGCGAGCUGGAGAUGUUCAGGACAUAAUUGAUAAACUCGUGGCUGACCAAUGGUUUGUUGAAACGAAUGAUGGGCGACUUGUCCCAGCUCCGAGAUGUAUUGGAGAAUUUGACUUAUAUUUUAAGAGAAACUUUCAAGAUUAUGUUCAAAAAUGCACUUGUGAUACUGUAGUAUUUUAUGGAGUUAAGUGUCGUCACUGUAAUGCAAUCAAUCAUAGGCAUUGCUAUGUGGCAUUCAACAAGCGAAGGAAUGGCCAACCCGACAAAUGCCCCUCAUGCCAGGAGGUUGUGGAUCCUGCAGCAGCAGCAGAGAAUGGUGGUGGUGAUGAAACACCUACCCGUCAAAGGAAGAAAGGAAAGAGGCAAGCUAGAAGGAGCGUGUCUCCUGCAGUAGAAAAUGGACAUGCUGCUGAGGAGGAGGAAGAGCCUACUCCUGGGCCUUCAAGGGGACGCAAGCGUCGUGGAGUAAAGAAAGAGUAGUGGCCCAACUAGGGGUUCCUAAGCAUGUUUUCAAAACUGUUUUUACUUUCUCAAUACUUUUGUUUCAUUGAUGUUCUUGAUCCUCUAAUUGUCCAAUUCAAAGCCCAAAGAUAACUUCUUUUUCACAUAA